AUGGAGUAUCGCUAUCUAGGUCACACUGGACUUCAAGUCUCUGUCCUAUCGCUUGGCAGCUGGAUUACUUACGGCGGUCAUGUUGAUGAAGAGGAAGCAUUUCGUGCUUUCAAAACUGCAUAUGAUGCAGGGAUCAACUUUUUUGACACGGCAGAGAACUACUCAGCUGGGCGAGCGGAAAUAGUUCUCGGAAAGGCCAUUAAGAAAUUUGGAUGGAAGCAGAAUGAUCUCGUCAUAUCAACGAAGGUGUACUUCGGGCUCAAUAACUCUGCUCACCCAGAGAGGCCACUAAAUAAUAACGGCCUCUCGCGGAAACACAUUUUGGAAGGGUUCGCCCUCUCUUUGCAACGACUGGACUUGCCAUACGUGGAUAUUGUAUACGCUCAUCGUCCAGACCGGAACACGCCUAUCGAGGAGAUAGUCAGAGCAUUCAAUUACUUGAUCAACACCGGCAAAGUCUUCUACUGGGGUACAUCCGAAUGGUCGGCCACUGAGAUUGCGGAUGCCUGGGGUGUAGCCAGCCGGCUAGGGCUAAUUGGUCCCGUCGUUGAACAACCUCAAUACAACCUCUUGGUUCGUACAAAAGUUGAAGAAGAAUUUCGCUGGCUUUAUGAAAAAUACGGUCUUGGUUUGACGGUUUUCUCUCCUCUGAAGCAAGGGAUCCUUACUGGAAAAUACAACGGACAGGAUAGCCCUCCGCCAGACAGCCGACUCUCACAGGCGAAAGAUAAAUACACGGUGGCAUACAGCAAGACGUUUGGCAAUGAGACAUGGAAACUCGAGCUCGAGCAGGUCGAGAAGCUGAAGCCCAUUGCGAAGAAGCUGGACUCCAGUCUCGCACAGCUAUCCCUCGCCUGGGUCCUCAAGAAUCCGAACGUAUCCUCUGUCAUCACAGGCGCCUCACGCCCAGAACAGAUCCAGGAGAACCUACAAGCUGUCGAACUCUCUAGCCGCUUGACACCGGAAAUUUUGAAGGACAUCGACCAGACCCUUGGGAAUUCUUUCGACGGCCCUCCGCGGAGGUUCUAG